CAGGAACUGCCUCUCGUGUGCCUGAUGCUGCUCCUGCUCUGCAGAGAUCCAGGUGUGGGUGCCCAGGAAUUCAGGCUGCACCAGCCCCAGGACAAGGUGUCGGUGGCAGCAGGGGAGACGCUCACCCUGAACUGCACCACGUCUGGAACGCCUGUAGCAGGUGCUACGAGAUGGCUGAAGGGCUGGGGCAGUGAAAACAAAACCAUCUAUGACCAGAAGGAGCCCUUACCCCGUGUGACGAGAGCAGUGAAUCAGUCCAACACAGACUUCACCAUCCACAUCAGCAACGUUCAGCCUGAGGACAUGGGCACCUACUACUGUGUGAAGUUUCUCAAGGGGGACACUGGUCAGGAUGAGCUGUUUCAGCGUGGCAGUGGCACAGAGGUGUCUGUGCAAGCCAAACCCAGUCCCCCACUCGUGUCUGGGCCUGAGCAGAGAGUGAGCCCGGGGCAGUCGGUGUCUUUCACCUGCACAACUGGAGGGUUCUUUCCCAAAGAGAUUGUGGUGAAUUGGUCCAACAACACGGGCCCCGUGACGGCUCAGCAGCCCCAGAUCACUGAAUGGAGGGUGAAAACCUACAACAUGUCCAGCACAGUGAUGGUGACCCUGCAGAAGGACAACGUCCACUCGCAGCUCACCUGUGAGGUGCAGCACUCCACGCUGGCGGCCCCGCUGCGUGGGAGCUUCCAGCUCAGCAAAGUCCUGCGAGUUCCCCCCAGUGUUGAAGUGCACGCUGAGCCGAGCCCCGCUGAGCUGAACAAGACCGUGACCUUCACCUGCCUCGUGAAGGACUUUUACCCAGCACACGUAUCCGUUUCCUGGCUGGAGAAUGGGAUUGAGAUAAACACGCAGAACGUCUCCCAGCCACGGGAACUCCGCAGUGGCUUGUUCGAGUUGAGAAGCCAGGUGGAGGUGCAAGCGACAGAGGAGAAAAACGGGUCCACGAUCAUCUGCAGGGUGGUGCACGAUGCCCAGGCUCCUGCCAACUCCUCAGCCUCACUGUGGAUCUCCAACCCGGCCCAGGGGGAAUCGAGCAAGGAGUCCCAGAUGCUUAAGGGUGCGUCAGAGCUGCUGGUAUGGGGUGCCUGCCAGGGCAGCUGUGUGGUGUCACCCCCUGAGGCAGCUUGA